UUGUUUCGAGGCAAUAUUUUUGGAACUUCCAAAAUUUGUUAGAAAAAAAUAUCCUGCUUGAAAAAGAAGUAUCCCACAAUGAGGAAAAACGAAGAGCUACCCGAUGAAUCGAUGGAUCCUACGAGAGAAUCGAGAUCAAGCUCCAAGGAUGAGGAUGCUAGACAUCUUUUAGAUGCCCUCCACUUGCAUAUGCUUCACCUAAUAGAAGAUCGACAGCGGCUGCAAUUGCAGGUGAACAAGGAGUCGUGCAGAGCUCGAUUGAUCCUGGCCAGGGUUAGAAUGCACCAGGGUUGCCAACGCACUUCAGCAGAGGCCCAGUUACCAAGGGGGCGACCCUACAAGGCACUCACUCGCGUUGCAGAGGAAUCGAGUUCCUGGGGAAAGGUCUUCAAGCUCAUCCGACUUCCAGUUAAUCCUUUACUUGGAUAUUUUCGACCGCUUACCAAUAUCUUUGGCAGUCUGGUGCCGAAUAGCUUGCGGAUUGCAAAUCGGCAUUGGGAUCACUGCCUGGAUCUCGCUGUCGAGUGUGCCAACAUCCAAAGAGAACUCCAAUCGACGAUCAUCUCUAUAGAGAAGCUAAGAUGCUCUAAGGAUCAAAGGUAAUCACCUAAGAUGAUCUCAGACUAGAAGCCUAAACCGGAAAGCUAAGUUAAAAGUAAUCUUUAAAUUCGGCUAAUGUUGCACUUGGGAAGAAAUGAUAUCCUCUAAAGCGAUACUAGGGUUUGACCUCCGGAUUCUCAGGUACUACUCUUGUUAAAAAGAUAAUGAAUCUUUAUUAGAUUCAUUGAUAAAAAUAAAAAAUCUUUUUUAUGUAACAAAAAAAUUAUUAAUGAUAAUACUUAAA